AAAAAAAAAAAAAAACUGCAGCUAUCCAAACACCACCCUCUCUUUUACAGAAAUGGACGCGGGGGAGAGGAUGAAUACUGGAUUCGAGCACUUCAAGAAGGAGAUCUACGAGAAAAAACCGGAGCUUUUCAGCGAGCUUGCUAAGGGCCAGAGCCCCAAGUUCAUGGUGUUCGCAUGUGCGGACUCGCGUGUGUGCCCGUCGGUGAUCCUCAACUUCUCCCCAGGAGAGGCCUUUUAUGCUGCGCACAUCGCCGCCAUGGUCCCACCUUACGACAACACCAAGUUCUCAGGAGCAGGGGCAGCCAUUGAAUACGCGGUUCUUCAUCUCAAGGUGGAGAACAUAGUGGUAAUUGGACACAGCUGCUGCGGUGGAAUUAAGGGACUCAUGUCCUUCAAGGGCGACGGAAGUAGUGGAACGUAA